AUGAGUGAUUCAGAAGAAGCGAAAGAAAUCGCGGAAGUUCAGCGACAUCCCGACAGCGAUCAGCCCAACAAAAUAGGUUUCACUGUGCCGGAUAUUGUGCAGAGGAUGAGGAAAUUGGGCCUGAACCGUCUGCAGCGGCUGCAGAGCUAUGCCUGGCCGCACAUUCUCAAUGGACCGGGCCACGGUGUCCUCAUUGUGAGUGCCCCACGAAGCGGUCGCACGAUGGGAUAUGUGCCGCCCAUUUGUCACGUGGCCAGCACGGUCCUGGCCGCGAAUCGAUACAGGAGAGAAAUGGCAAUUGACUUAUUGGAUGUCUCGCAUGGAAUGGGACCCAUUGCCCUGAUUCUAGUGCCAGAUAUAACGCGAAUGGAGCAGGUUGCCGCCCUAUGCAGUGCACUCAUGCCCAGGGAUGAGACCGUCGAGGACAUGUGGACCAUUAUGGUGAAGAAGGUGUUGACCGUUCCAUCGGAGUGCACUCCCACGUUCAUGGGUGCGUGGAUCAGCGAAAUAGGCGUCUUGGUGGCCACCCCCGCCCGAUUUGUCAACGCGUGCAAGCAAGGAGAAGGUCUGCUAAAGCUUAAUCAGCUACAGGUAGUGGUCUUCGAUGAUGUGGACCUAAUGCAGAAAGAAGAACUGAAAUUGGCCCAGCAGUACAUUCCAAGCAUGGCGGCUAAACACAAUAGGCCAAUACGCAAGGCCAAUCCCCGUCCGCAGGUGGUGAUAGUUUGUCAACACUUCACUCCGUCCCUGAUUUCCGAGGUGCGCCGUUUCAAUCAACAUCCGUGCCUGAUAUUUGGCGAUCUACUGGAAGCUGCUCUCUAUGGCGGGAUGAGAUUGUUGGUCAAUAUGGUCGGGGCGGAGGGUAAGGUCGCUACGAUCGUGAAUCUACUUCUUCAGCGCCCGCCGGCGGUGUAUCGCACCAUAAUCUUCUGCGAUGACGAUUUGCAAAUGACCCUGCUGGUCGGAGCCUUAGAGGAUUUCGAGUACCAAUGUCUGGCCUACUACCAAACCAUGGAUCUGGAGCAACUUGAUAAGGUAAGCAGCUGGACGUGUGACAGCCGCGGCCUCAUAUUUGUCUGCACUGACGACUGUCCGGAGCUGAAAAUACGCAAUGCGCACACCAUUAUCCACUACAGCAUGAGCAGCUCGUGGAACAAGUUCAAGAAUCGCUUCAUGUUUCUGUCCAACAAUGUGCCCAAUGCCCUGGAACGUCCCAAGGUACCGGAACCGGCGCCAACGGCAACAGCAACCGCAACCGAUCCAAGGAUCCUGGAUUCGCUUGUCCUCUUGGAUGAGGCGAACGCCAGGCAGCUGCCCCGUCUGGUCGACUUAAUGCUGCUCCGCCAGAAAUUGGAUCCCAAUAUUGUGGCGAUGGCUGAUCGCAUCCGCAAGAAGGUAAACACAAUGAAAAACAUUGUUAAGCCGAUAUGCAGGGAGAUCUUGACUCACGGCGACUGCUGGGACACCAGGUGCGUGCAUCGUCAUUAUUUGCACGAAUCGGAUCGCCGUUUAUCGGCAGUACCCUGCUCGGGAGACAUCAAGGUCAAAGUGCUCCGCGUGUACUCCCCCGGACACUACUGUGUAAUCGCCUACGAGCAUAUGCCCCCGGAGGGUAAAUGGCACAGCUUAGAGCCCGACAGCAAUUUGCCGACUCUGCUGAAUUUCAAACUCAGCGGGGAGAAUGUGGAGCCACCGCCUCGCUACUGGCCACCGCAACACCAAGCCGUGUGUCUGUGGAAGACAGAGUCUGAGACGGUUUCUGGCUAUUCAUAUGAGCGUGUCCGGGUGCUCAGUGUGCCGCCCAUUGAGAAUGUGAAUCUGGCCCAGUCGGACCUCGUGGUGCUCGUGCAGGCCAUGGACUAUAGCACUCGCCGCUUCGAGACCAAAUGCAUGUCCCUUCAUGUCUGCCCCGAUGAGUACGUCAGUGAGCCGCCAUUGUGCAUGGAUCUGCGCCUCCUGGGAAUGGUUAAUCACAUGAGUGAUCGCAAUUGGGCUGGCGCAGACGCGAAGACGGUUCAAGACUGGCUGGACAAGGCGCCCAAGGACCACUUCGUUCAGGCCAAAGUCGCGUUCUCCACUUCGCACACGAUCUUUGCCACAUGUAUGGUGUCUAUGGUCUACCUGAAGACAGUGAAGACUUUUAAUCUCCACUUGAACCUACUAAGAGCCCAGAUCGAGAACAAGAUAAGCAAGCGGUGUGCCCGAACCAAAGAGAAGAUUUUAAAAUUCUUCGAGGAGCUCAUCAAGCUGGACGCACCGCCGAUCCCCCAAGAACCCCCAGAACAGGAACAGGAAACGAACACAUGUGACGAUAUUCCAGCGUGUAGUGGACCAGAGGCUUAA